AUGAUAUACUCAAACGAUGCUAAUAGUUAUUUUGGUUGCCAAACAGAUGAAGAUUUCAGAGAGUUUGUAGCAAAGGUACCUAAGGAUUGUAAGAUCACAAUUGUAUCUGAUUCUUGUCACAGUGGUGGAUUAAUUGAGUUAGCAAAGGAGCAAGUAGGAGAAAGCACACAGGAAGGAGAACCUAUUUCAUCUCCAGGCUUCAAAAACUUCCUUCAUAGAAAUGGGGAAGAUGAGUCUCGUGAUAUUGAGGAAGAACACGGUGAACUUCAUCAUGGGGAUUACCGUUAUGUGAAGAAUAGGUCUUUGUCUCUUACAACUCUUAUUGACAUACUAAAGGAGAAAACUGGAGAGGUUGAUGUAGAAAUUGGAAAGAUAAGGCCUACACUAUUUUAUAUCUUUGGGGAAGAUGCUAGUCCUAAAGUGAAGAACUUCAUCAAGUUUUUCUGGAACAAAUUUCAACUGGUAGGUGAUGAAAGUGGAGGCCAUAGUGGAAUUUUGGGGCUUGUGAACAAUCUUGCCCAAGGGCUUCUCAACUAUAAGCUGAGUGACAGUGACGAGGAGAACGAAGAUCAUACACCAGAAGCAUAUGCUACAUCAACUAAGCAUAACAUUGUUGAGCGUGGAAUUCUACUGAGUGGUUGCCAAACUGAUCAAACUUCUGCAGAUGCUAGUCCACAUGGAAAUCCUGAUGAAGCUUAUGGGGCUUUUAGCAAUGCCAUACAAGCUAUAAUUGCAGAGACUGGUGGUGUGGUAACAAAUCGACAGCUUGUGCUGAAGGCUAGGAAGAAACUUCACAGGCAGGGUUACACUCAGAAGCCUGGACUUUAUUGCAGUGACGACCAUGCCAGUGCUCCUUUUGUCUGCUGA